GGACGUCACGCAAGAUGAAUGCGUCUUCAAUGAAUGUCUUCCCCUCGUUGUCUGCCCUGGCUGUACCAAAUAGAUCAGAUCAGAGCUAGCCAGGUUUCAGGUGGAUUAAUAUCUGCAUUGUGUUUUGCUGGGAAAUAGCCACAGGACUUUUUUUCCCCUUACCUCCCUUUGUUUGCUGGACUUCUACAACUAGCUCGUUAUAUGAAAUGGUCAUCUUAGUGGACAUUACUGGCACGUAGAUGUACUCAGAGUUUAAAAUUCUGCUCCAAUGUUGCUUGUGGUUUUACUUUCACAACGGAAUCAUGUCUUCCCGUUUUCUCCAGUAACUGACACUUGCACUCAUGAACUGAAUUAUCUGCCCUGUGCUGGUUAGUGACUUAUGACUUUCAAUUACCUGGCUGUCGGAAAUGAUCACUGCUUCCUUUACACUCAGACUACCUGAGAAAUGAAGAAGGGGAAACCACGGGUGGCAUUUUUCUGCUUGCUUCUGCCUCUACUAAUUCUGGUACACUGCGCACAGAAGGGAGCGGACAAUGCCCCCGCGCAGUGCGGUGAGUUUCUGCGGGAGAAGAAUGGGACAAUCUCCACGCCAAACUUCCCUAAGCCUUUUCCAGCGCCCUUGAAGUGUCGUUGGAUUUUACAAGGCACGAACCAGAGUCAAAUAGUGUUGGUCUUUACCCAGUAUGUUCUUCUGCAUUCCCUCCACAUCUAUGAAUACGACUAUUUCGAAAACGACACGGUGUACAUCAAUAAACAAUUCAUUGGAGAGAUCAGCGCUGAGAAUGAAGUGGGAAGUAUUGUCUCCUACAGAAAUUAUGUUGUGCUAGAUCUCAAGGUAACGGACCCCACCAAUGCUAACCUCAAGGUCGACCAGUACCUGACAGAUUAUCAUGGUUUCAACAUCACAUACUUAAUGCUACCUAUGAAGGCUACAUUGCCAGCUCUGUGUAGCUUACAUCACUGCUCAUACCUAGGAAAUUGUUUGGUCACUUCAGACUACAGCAAAUUUCAUUGUGACUGCUUCCAGGGUUUUUGGGGUUCGCAAUGUCACAGAGGACCACACUGUGACCCAGAUUCUGGAAUCAAUUCCUGCUUAAAUGGGGGUCAAUGUCGCUAUUUAUAUGGAUCACAGUUUAAUGCUUGUGAGUGCCCACCAAACUACAUGGGGAAACUGUGCGAAAAUCAUCUAAUAUCCAAUAAAAAAGGACACUCCAGCUCAGUUUGUUCUCACUUCAUGAACAAGUCUCCAGUCUCUAAUAAUUCCUGUGAUCCAGAAAAUAAAACUUCCAAUUGCCUUGAUGAAGAGCGCUUUCGCAUAUUUGUUCAGAUGAACAUUUUAUCCAGAGAUGUAUUUUUAGAAAAUAUGUCUGAACUGGAGUACUACAGACAGUAUUUAAGUGACCAAGUCACAUUGUGGUUGGAAAAUUCAAAACUUUCUUCUGCAGACUCCUUCAUCAUCAGCAAUAUUAGUGAAGAGAAGAUAGACUUUCAUUUUUAUAUAGAUAAAAAAGAAUUGAUGUUUGUUAACCAGUCUCUACACUCUCUAGUACAAGAUGGAAACCUUUUUGGUAUUGCUGUCAACCAGAGUCAGAUGAUAGUACAGAUCAAACCAGAAAUGAAAUUUCUAAGUCUAGAGAUGAGCAGUGAAAGUCCUAUCAAGGAAGGUGGAAUGUUGACAUUAACCUGCACAGCUCGAGGAUCUGAAAAUAUUCAGUUUAAAUGGUUUAAAAAUGGGAAGCCUUUAAAUCUGACUGUAACCCACAGGAAUGCAUGGGAAAUUCAUCUACCAGAAACCAUUCAAGGCAAACAUAUAUCUGUUUUGAACAUUGAUGGCAUUACUAUUUAUGAUAAAGGGAAAUUUACUUGUGAAAUUAUUGAUUUUGGAUGCAAAGUGAAUGGUUCCAUUAUUCUGAAUGUUCUACCAUUGCCUGUAGUACAAGUUGAUCCACUUUCUGUAAGCAUGGUGCAAGGCUCUUCACAGACUUUAAGAUGUAUAUCAGCCGUAGACAAGAAUGAUGAAUCUUUAACUUAUUCAUGGCUUAAAAACAACAGAAUGUUUCAUGAAAAUGAUAAGGAAAUUGUUGAGAACAUUCACCCAACUGGAAGUCAUCUUUACAUAAGGAAUGCAAUGGCUAGCACUAAUUACACCUGCCAAAUAACAAACAAAGCCGGGACAUCUGCUAAAACUGUCUAUGUGUAUGUGGUUGAAGAUGCAAAUGCUAAAUCAUGUCCUUCGGAUAAACUCAAUUAUAUUUUAUGGAAUAAAACUUUUGGUGGUAUUUACAAUUUGCAAAAUUGUCCAGAAAACCUAGCUUCUAUGAAGAAGGAAUCUGAAGAAGGUAUUGCAAAACGUUACUGUAAUUGCACUGAAUUCUCUUGUCAAUGGGAGCCACCUAAUUUUGCCAAAUGUCACUGGAGUGUUUUAAUCAAAAUUUAUAAUGAUUUGAAGAAUCUACAGCUUGGCUACAUGGAGAAAACACUGACAGAAAUAUUUGAGAACUUGUACACCCUGACAGUACAGACCAAGUCCACAUUAUUGGCUGGGGACUUGGACUUAGCAAGUACUAUUCUUCAUGUGAUUGUUAAGACAGCCAAAGAUUUCCCAUCACUACUUGUUGACCAGCUUAACAUUGAAAAAUUAGUUGAAUUGCUGAACAUACUACUGGAAGAGACAUUAAGAAAAACAGAUGAAGAAAAAAAGGAACUGCAAGUUGGUAAACAGUUGCUCCAGUUGAUUGAAACCUUGGCACAUUUCAAAAGAGCUAACUUCCUUAAUGCGAUUGAUAUCCAGUUUUCAAAAAUUGAUGUUAAUAUUAUCAUUUUAAUGCCAAAUACUUCAGAUUUAAACAUACAAGUGAAUAUGAAAACCAAAGGGACAACAGAAGAGCCGGUGCUCCUGCCACAGCCGGUAUUAGCUGUUCAUGUUGAUCAAAGUCUGAUUCAAUUGAUGGACUGCAAUAUUAGUAAAAAAGUUCCAAGUAAAAAAUUAAUUUCUGAUGUAUACAGUUACUUCCCAUUGGUUUCAUCUCCUGAUGCUAAAAUGAACUUUAUUAUAAAUAUUCCUCAUAAUUUUAAUAAGCAGCUGUCUGCCAAUGAAAUUGUUUACUGCAUGUCCUUAGAGAAAGAAAAACUAGACUCAUCAUCAGUUACCUUACAACAGAACUCCUGCUCAAUGAUACAAACUGAGGUGAAUCAAACACAAUGUUUAUGCACAUUGCCUGGUCAUUACACACUGGUCUCUGUGAUCAGACAGUAUAAUGAAACUACCAGUGAAAGAAUAAUGUUCCAAGUUACCUUGUUUGUAGCUCAUACUUUGUGUACAAUUGCUUUGCUGUUAGUACUCAUUGUCUACCUCAAAGCAAAAAGGUGUCUACUAGAAACCAAGAAUGCCAUCCACUUUAAUUUCACAAUCUCUCUAGUCGGUGUUCACACAGUUUGUAUUCUAUGCCUCAUGCAGCCAAAGAAAGAGAUGCUGUGCCUGUGUGGAAAAAUGAUCCUUCAACUCUUCACUGUUAGUGCGUUCACAUUUCUUCUUCUUGAUGCCAUACAGAUAUUAAUAGAUAUUCAUGCCAGGCAGCAUUCACAUAUUAUCAUUGGAACAGUCAAAUUCAUCAUCAUUGGCUGGGGUCUCCCCACUCUGUCUGUUAUUUGUGCAAUAGUAACACUGCAAGUUGCUGGAUUUGAUCAUCAGUGUAGCUCUUGGUGUUGGUGGUCUCCCAUGCAUCAACAUUUUUACAGUGUCAUCAUCACAUUGAUAUUACUUGUAAUUGGGCAAUCUGGGAUACUUGCUUUUUGUCUUGUCAUAAUCACUCAAUGGAAGGAUGAAUGGAGCUACAGAGACAGAAGGAAAUUUAUAUUUAUGAUUGGGCAAAGUAUAUCUUUAUCAGUAAUACUUUUCAUUUGUAUAUGUGUUUCAAUAUUUUCUACUGAAAAACAAGUCCACUCAAGCAAAGGUCUUGUCAUAUUUUUUAACUUCAUAUUGACUGUUGUUAUCAUAAGUUUUUUUGUUCUUUUGAAAAAAUCAAUAAGACCAUCUAUCUUCCGUAAAUCUCUCAUCUGGAAGAACAAAAAUAUUUUUAGAUUUGCUCACCAAGAAACACCAGACAUAAACCAUGUUCAGGCUGAAACAGAGAGAAUUCAUGAGUACUGUGAUCGAGUUGAUCGUGAGCGUUACACAGCUGAACACAAGCGCCAGCUCCGUUUUCUUCUCAGUAACAACAAUUUAUGUCCUCUGUCAAAUGGUGACCUUGCUGACAUGACUAAAGAGAACAGACUAGCCAAGAAGCACAAGAAAACUGUACUAGAUGGUCAGGUGCUUUUAGGUGCAGACACAGUGCAGUUCUCAUCAAAUGCAUUAGUUUUUUGAAUCAAAUUGUUCUUAAGUAAGAACUGUAUCUGAGUUGUUCUAUAAAAAAUACCCUUGAAGAACAGAGGGCCCUGUGUUUAAUUCUGUACUCAGUUUAACCAGCUCUUUUUGGUACCUGUCUUUUCUAAGGAAAGAGUAAAGACUCUUGUUCAUUGUACAUAACACAAAUGUCAGCCGCUGAAACUAAUUAUCAGCCUAGUGCACCUGUUGGCCUUAUCAGGAAUCCUAUUCUUUUACUAUAGAUGGCCUAGGACUCCUACUGCUUUCACAAGUCCUUCACUAGAUUUUUGUUUAUACUCAUUUGCAUUUUGAUCUCAAAGGUAAAAAGUAAUAAGCAAGUCUGGCAUUAACAUUCUCCCCAAGAGAAUUAUUAAUGUUUUCCUACUGUGAUGAUAUAACAAUCAAAUGCUGGCAUGUUCUAUUUGACAUUUGAAAACAAAACUACCUAGGUCUUCGCAAUAAAUUGAUUGAGUGACUGUGGAAAUAUUUUUUCUAAUGUAGGAAGCAAUCUCUUUAUUUAUUACCUGUUCUAUUUUUACUUCAUAUAUUAAUCCAAUUUCAAUGAACAAAUAUUGACCAAAAUUCAUAAGGGUUUGAGCUACUCCUAAUAAUGUCAUUGUGCACUUUUGUAAAGCAGACAAUGAGAAGAAAAAAAUACAUUGUAUUUUAUGAGUGUUAUUAUUGAGCUAACAGUCAAAUAAUCAAGCUCACAACUAAUAUACCUUUCUAUCAGUUUAUAAAACAGUGUUUUACAAUUUUGAUGAAAAUGAAAUUGUUUACCUUUUUGUUGUGCACUUUUUUUUUCUUUUUGACUGAUAAAUGAUGUAAACAACUGUUUGUUCAGUAUUGACUUGUUCUGUUGAGGUUUCAUACUAAAGACAUAUGAUUACAGUCCAAAUAAGUUUGAUAUUUAAUUUCUUUUGUUGGUGAACUGAUGCUGUACAUAUGCAUUUUCAAUUUAAUUUUUAUGUCAAAUAUUUGUACUUUUACUUAAAAAUUGUUUAAGUUAGAUUAUAGUUGGAAGCUUUUUUUAAAAUGUAUUUUUAUACAGAUAUUUAAAAAACUAACAAUUACCUUAUUUUUCUUAAAACAUAUCUAUAUAUAAUUUUUUGAAGUGUCAGAACCUGGCUUGAUGUACAUUGGCAAACUUCUAUUGAAAGGUCAAUGAAAUGACCAGACAAAUAUUCUACAUUCUAUUGGAUAUUGUAUUUCCCUUUUUAUAAUUCUGCUUACCAUAAUGACAGUAUGAAAAAAGUGCACUUUUGUUUGUAUUUUGUUAAGUUGUGAUUCAGCGCUUGUCAGCUGUAAAUACAUGGACUGGCCUCACACUGAAUGAGACUGUAAGGAUGUGACAAACAAGAAAUGUAGGAAACUGGUCAUUUGCGCUUCUCUCCUCUUCCUAACAGUUUGAUUUGUGGCACUAGCAAAUAUAAAUUUUACAACUAUUCAAUAAACUUAUCUAUUGAAUUUUUUUCAAAUAAUUUGCCUAAACCUACGUGCUGUCUCCAGUUUCAAUUAACUUUGGAAAGGAAAAGUGGUGUACUGUAUUGCUUGAAUAUUUAGAAAUGUUUCAUGUUGACUUUGGUGCUUUUCAAUAAUUCCAUUUUGUAUGCUAGCAAAUGUUGUGAAUCUCGUUUAAAUUUAAACGCCAUAUUUUUAUUAGUAUAUUAUUUGUUAAGACCUAGCUAUUAAGCUUUGUGCAAUGUCUCCAGCUUUAAUUAAACUUGAAGAAUUGGCACAAAUAUUUUUUACAUUAAAAGAAACAUUAAAGAUUCAUUUUUUUUUUAAAACCAGUCAAAUAAAAAAAAUAGCAAAACAA